GCCUUGAGACGCAGUGACCCUGCCCUGAAUCAAUACCGCUCUCGCUGAAACCCGAGCUGAGGCGCGGCUUCCCAGCAUUGGUGGCGCCUCCGAGUUGGAAGUGGCCGCGUGAUUGUUGCCCGACUCAAGUCGGUUGGUGAGAGGGGGCAGUUUGGGGAUGAGUGGAGGGAGGAGGGGUGACGAGUCGCUGGUGACUGCCGGAGGAGUUUCAGCACCGUGGACAGCGACAUCACAGCUCCACCGUGCUCCGCACUGUAUCACGGGUGGGCUGGACCCGCCUGGCGCGGGCCCCGAGCCGAUGGCCGCUCCCUUCCUGCCCCCUCCACCGCCCCCCCAGAACGGCUUGGGGGGCGACUUCACUCAACAGCAGCAGCUGGGGGGGGGCUCUGCGAGCAGCCUCGCCCUCUACACGGCAGCCCCCCUCAAUCACGGCUGCUCCACGGCAGCCGUGACCUCCACUCACCAUGGACUCUCCGUCCCCGGCACGGCAACGCAGCAAACGGAGGAGGAGGCGGCGCUGCCCCCGCCAGACGGUGGCGGCCCCCCCUCCCCCAAGGGGCAGCACAAGAGGCUCCACGUCUCCAACAUCCCCUUCCGCUUCCGCGACCCCGACCUCCGCCAGAUGUUCGGGCAAUUUGGGAAAAUCCUGGAUGUAGAGAUCAUCUUCAACGAGCGGGGGUCGAAGGGAUUCGGCUUCGUGACGUUUGACAGCAGCGGGGACGCGGAGCAGGCGCGGGAGAAGCUGCACGGCAGCGUGGUGGAGGGGAGGAAGAUCGAGGUGAACAACGCCACAGCGCGGGUGAUGACGAACAAGAAGGCCGCGGCGUCGUUAAGCAACGGAUGGAAAGGGAACCCAGUUGUGAGCGCGGUGUACGCGCCAGAGAUCUACGCCGUGGCGGGGAUCCCCUUCCCCGGGGCCGCCGCCGUCCCGGCCGCCGUCCCGGCCACGGCCGCGGCCGCCGCGGCCGCCGCCGCCGCCGCGUUCCGGGGAAACCACGCGAGGGGCAGGGCCCGGGCCGUGUUCAGCGCCCUUCGCGUGCCGCCCCCCUCCAUGCCCGCAUACGGGGGAGUGGUCUACCAGGAUGGGUUCUACGCGACCGACCUCUACGGCGGCUAUGCCACGUACCGCUACGCAGCCCCCGCCACGACCGCCUACAGCGACAGCUACGGCCGCGUGUUCGCGCCGGCAGAGGCGUUCCACCCGGCGCUGGGUCCCGCCGCCACCUACGGGGUCAGCGCGAUGGCGAGCCUAUACCGUGGAGCCUACAGCCGCUUCACGCCCUACUGACCCAGUGGAGGGGGGGGGGCACUCUCCCUCAACAUCACCCCAGCCCCCACCCCAACUCCCCCUUCUCCGGGGAGCAGCCAUAGCAAUACACCGCCCCCCCCCCCAGCACCUCGAUGGGAGGACGUUCCCAUGACGGGGCCAAGUCCGGGAAUAAUCUUUCAACGUUGGGACUGAAAGUGAAGGCCACGAGGAGGGGGGAAGCGGUGCCCCCACCUCUCCCCCCCCCCCCCCACCACCUCUCCCAGCUCCGUCCUUCACGUGAUGAACACGUGACCGGAUUUUAAUAUUUAAUUAAUUGGGGCGACAUCGUCAUCCACCACGGCGGGGGUCACGGGGUCAGCACCGUGGUGGGGCGGGCGGGGGGGUCAAGAGAAGCAGCAGCAAGAGGAGCAGCAGCAGCUGCAGCAACAGCAGCGACACCAACACUGCAGCAGCAGCAACAGC